UCGAGGCAAACUUCGACGAAAGAAAGUAAAAUACCCCUGCUACAUCCAAAAACCUGCUUCAAGUCACGCGAAGAGAUCCAGAGGGCGCUGUUUGUACAGAUUAGUAACAACCAGGUCAGCGGCAGCCGUCGACUGUCCGACUGGGUCGGUGGUGGUGACGCUGAAACGCUAAACUGCUAACUACACUGAUCCUGAUCAUGAUGAACUUUAGCAAAAGUCAACGCAGUCGAGCCAGCAAAGAAAAUAUGGCACCCUCAGCCAGAGUAGAUACGCUGCAGAGGUCCAAACAGCGGACGGUGCUCGGUGUCUUGUCAGAAAAUGAACUGCGAGGUCGAUCCCUCAGCCAGGGUGGCCAGUUUUCCAAACACAGCUCAACCUCAGAAAGCUCUCAACUCAACUGUCUGGGCUGCCCUUCCAGCUCCAGCUAUGAUGUGUACGUCGAAGAGGCUUGCGAAGUUGUCCUUGCGGCUUCUGGCGAAGAAGUUGUCGGAUACCGUUAUUACCAAGAUGAGGAAACCAAUGCCCUGCACAAUGAAGAUAUGGUAAUCACGCUGGAGCUGAGUUCAAGUCCAUGCAAGGAUGCUUCUACGCCUUCUGAAUCUGAGGAGGUGUUUUGUGUGGAGUAUGCAGGAGAUAUUCACCAGCACUUGAGGAAUAAUGAGAUUAAAUUCAGGCCAAGGCCAAAGUAUUUAGAGAGACACCCAGAGAUCACGGAUGACAUGCGCGUCGUUCUGGUGGACUGGAUGGCUGAGGUGGUGCAGGAAUUCCAACUUCAAGCUGAAACUCUUCAUCUUGCUGUCAAUUACUUGGACCGAUUUCUCUCCCUCAUCGGAAAUGUGAAACGAGGCAAGCUGCAGCUGGUUGGCACGGCUGCCUUAGUGAUUGCUGCAAAAUAUGAGGAGAAGUCACCUCCUAAACUCGACCAAUUUGUGUACAUCACAGACAACACCUACACUAAGAAACAGCUGGUCCGGAUGGAGCAAGCAUUUCUAAGUGUGCUGGGCUUCAACUUGGCGGCACCCACCAUAAACUCGUUCCUUCACCUUUUCAUGGCCAUCCAGUCUGUCUGUGCCAACACCAAAAACCUGGCCCUGUAUCUGGCAGAGUUAAGCCUGCUGGAAAUGGAUCCAUUUCUACAGUACAGCCCAUCUAUGGUUGCUGCUGCAGCCUACUGCCUAGCUACCUACACCAUAAAUACGUCUUUAUGGCCCGAUUCUUUAGUGGCUUUUAGCGGAUAUACGAUGGCUGAAAUUUCUCCCUGCCUGAUUCACCUGUACAAGCUAUACGCCACAGCAGAGAGUCGCCCACUACAGGCCAUCAGAGAAAAGUACAAAAAUUCAAAGUACUCUGGCGUUUCAUGGAUCACUCCCCCCGCUUUUUUGUUUUGCCCAUGACUCACUGCUUCACCCAUCUGAUUCUGAUAAACACAAUGAAAUGAAGAACAAAACAAACAAGCAAGCAAAGUGACAUUUGCUGCCAAGAUUCAU